AUGAGUGGAAAGGACCCGGGAGCUCGUAUAGUGAUGCCUCGAGGAUUGGCGGCGAGAGCUGGUGAGGACGGCGCUCAUUUGAAAACAGUUUUCAUGGGAGUGUUGAACACUAUUGAGGGCGAUCAGGGAUUUUCCGGUGCUGAUAGUAUACCAUAUUGGUUCAGUCAUCCGGUUCUGCCUCGGCAAGUGGAGGGGGUCAGCUUUAGUGCGUGCCAGCUGCCCAUCAAUUUGGCCCAUGUGCGGCAUAUGGUAGAAGAGGGGAAGUACAUUACACAUUUGGAGUUGGAGAGAGACUUACGUUUACUUGUAAGAUUUGCAUUGAAAAAUUACCCUAAAGAUUCGCAGCCGUUCAAGGCGGCGGAGCGGUUGAAUAAAUUGUGCACGGAAUUGAUGUUUGAUGCAUCAUAUCGCAUUGAGAAUGCGGACUAUGUGGAAGUUCAAUAUCCGAUGAUUGACGAGCCCCCAGAGACGACUUCGGCUUCGAGCGCGCCCCAUAGGCACCAGUCUAGUGGAGGGGGAGGGCAUAAGGGUGGCAAACAAUCAGUUGCUUACAAGAGUAAAGAUGAGGGGAGUUCUAAGGAGGCGCGGAAAAGAGGCAGAAAUUCCGGCGGUGCCGGGUCGAAGACGACAGAGUCAGAGUUGACGGCUCAGAUAGAGCAGCUCCAGGAUAAGAUAUCACAGUUGACGCAGUUCGUGUCGAAUCUAAGCGAGACCCCUCGGGUGAGCGGCGGCGGUGGUGGGUCGGUUAGAAGGGAUAGUGUGGGGGGCCCUAGAGGGCCGGCUUUGCCUUUGACAGCAGAGGAGAAAGUUAAGUUAGAGGAGGACAUGAAUCAACUGACGCCUGAUGAUCUCUGUCAAGUAGUGGAUAAGAAGCUGCGUAACUGUCCUGGAGUCGUACUAGAUCCUUUUACGGGGAUGCUGCAGGAGCUAGAUGUGGACAUGAUGGCCCCGAGAGACCAGAGGAAUUUGAAACGCUAUGUGGCGCGACUAUUGAACCUUCGUAAUCAGAAAGUGAAGGAAAAUGAGGAGCGAGCUCGGGAAAUAGUGGCGCAGCAAAGAGCACUGGAGCAACUCCAAGAGAUGCAGAGGAGGCGCCGUCGGGCUAACUCCAGUAGCUCUAGCAGUUCGAGUAGUGGAGAGAGCAGUUGUAGUGAUAGUAGCUCGGAUGAGGAAAGUGAUAGGGAAACGGAGCUCAAGCGACUGUUUCAGAAGGGGACUGCUAUAUCUGCGCAGGCCGGCGGUCGUGGACUGCGGUGA